CAUUCCCUUCUGCCAGUUACUUGCCACAGGGCAGCCUUAACUAAGUGGUGUUAACGCAGGGAUGGGUGAGGAAGCCACAGGCAACACAAUGUCUCCAGAAGAACAGCUGAAGAAGAACACCCCUGCUCAGAGGGCCAUCAAAAAGAUCCGUACGGCUAGCCUCGUCAUCAGCUUGGCACGGGGUUGGCAGCAGUGGGCAUCUGACCACCAUACGAAGCAAGUCCAGGAGCCCAGUGGGUGGGUGCCCUCAGAGGAGAAUCCCCCAAGGGAGAGGGUAUUUCCCAAACCACCAAACGAUUUCAAGAAAGACCAAUCAAAAGAUGGCGUGGCCUUUCCAUCAGUACCUCAGGAGCCAAAAGAAAAUGGAGAGCAGGCCCCGAGUGAAUCAAACGAAGCCCUCCAGAAACUUAACAUCAGAAGCAAAGAGGUGACAAAGACCAUUGUAAGUAAAGCCUACGAAAGAGGCAGUGGUGUGAGCCUCCUCAGUGACAAGUAUGAAAAAGACAAUGGGUGUUCGUCAACAGACAAGAGUACCGAAGACAUUGAUAAGCUUCUCAGUGGCAAAAUGUCCCCUACAAGGAGGAGGAAGUGUUCUAACCUGGUGUCGGAGCUGACUAAGGGGUGGAAACAGAUGGAACAGGAAGAUAAGGGCGAUGAACCGGAACUACAGAAUUAUCGUAGCGACAGCUUAGAUACCGAGGACAGUGGUUAUGGAGGAGACUCAGAGGAGAAACUGGAUGCUGACAACAGUAGUCAAGAAAUACGGACCGUGAGGAUAAAACGGCCUUCAUCAUCACUUGCAAACAGAAACGUCAAGGCCUCCAAGAAAUACAGCCCUGUCCACAAUCUGAGAGGGAGAUGGGAAGACUGGGCAGAUGAGCACAUGAUCACACAAAAGCUCAACCCUUUCAGUGAGGAGUUUGAUUACGACCUGGCCAUGUCCACCCGCCUGCGCAAAGGAGAUGAAGGCUAUGGCCGUCCUAAAGAAGGUACAAAAACGGCAGAAAGGGCCAAGAGAGCGGAGGACCACAUCCACCGAGAGAUGAAAGACAUGUGCUUCAUCAUCAGAACGAUGGCUCGGCACCGCCGUGAUAGCAAGAUCCAAGUCACUUUUGGUGACCUGUUUGAAAGAUACGUCCGCAUUUCGGAUAAGGUCGUUGGAAUACUCAUGAGGGCCAGGAAGCACGGGAUGCUGGACUUUGAAGGAGAAAUGUUGUGGCAAGGCCGGGAUGACCAUGUGAUAAUAACUUUGCUAGAAUAAUGCUAUUCUUCAUGGGAUAACCCAAAGCGUUAUCAGUUCCUGAUAACUCAGGUCAACUAUAUGUUGACUACUCCAGCUGAGACAUCCAAGUUCUUCUUGGGGUAGCCAGUGUUUUGGACUAUGAUUCCCAUCAGUCAGCACACCCAUUGGUCAGAUCAUGGGACCUGUAGUCCAUAAUAGCUAGAGGACAUCAUGUUGAAUGCCUGCGUCAUAAGAAAUAGUCAGAAUCUCCUCCCUUUAAGUAAUGUCUACAUGUUACUAGCAAGUUCAUGCUUCUUCAGCCAGUUUUAUAAGGCUGAACUGCACAGAGUAGAUUAGCAUAUAAGGGGAUGAAGUUUACAUUCUAUCAGAAUGCAAGUAGCUUUGCAUCUGUUCAAUAUAUACUGUAUGCUUGUUGGGUUUAAGAGGGGUAACAGCAGCAAAUUUAUCUAUUAACAUUUGGAAGUAAUGUUCAAGUACCCUGAUACCUCAGUUUUAAUACUAAAUCAGUGGAAACUGGGGCCUGAACUCUUAAGUUUAUGGCAUUCUUUCUACAUGACAUUUCAGGUGAAUGGAAAUAAUUCCUAGACUAAGUAUAAUAAACUAUACUGUAGCAUUACUUAUAUAAACUGUGCAAUAUACACAUUUAUAUUUACUAAGUCACUAUAAACUUCAGGAUGGCAUCAAUUUUAUAGACUAUGUAAGUCAACCUGUAGUUGCUUCAAAAUGUAUAGCUGGACUAUUUUGCUGUGUUUAAUUAUUUUUAUAACUAUGUAUUUAUGACGCUGAUUGACAAGUGCUUGAAAAAUGUAUGGGAAAGCCUCCGGAUAAACAGUAUUAUACUUUUACUGUUUAAUGUUAAAAUGUACCAAAACAAAACCUACCCCUAUCCCAUGUUCUCUUUCAAACUGAAAGAUCACUCAUCUUCUUACAGAAGAAAAAAAAGAUGUAUGACUAUUUUCAGUCAUAAAGCUAAUAUUGUCAGAAAUGUUUUUCAGGCAUUACAGAUAGGUUGGUGAAAAUGCUUUGACUCACAAUACAAACUUAUUUAUUUGCAGUAAAUUCCUUAUUUUGCUAAGGAAUAAAUUUCCUACAUAUAAAGGCAUGGAAUGAGACUUUAGAGAUUUGCAUACUAACAUUGUUUGCAAAACAAUGUGCUUUGAAAUAAGUGAUGAAAAAAGGCAAUACUCUCCUUGAACAAAAAAAUUGAUUGCUUUUGAGACUGCAAGAUUGAGUUUUAAUGUACUACUUCAGCUCUCUCUAUAUAUGUGAUUUCAUUUUGAAGAUUGUUUGCCCUUUAUAAUGCCAUUAUUUGCUUAGGUUCUAUACACAGGUGUGUGCACUUUAGAGCUGCUUUGAGUACCAGUAGUUCUCUAGAAUGGGGUCACAAGUGUCCCCAGUCUGCAGAUCGCAAGGGUAAGUUGUCAAAAAACAAUGUGUUGGAUAUUAUUUCUGCCAAAUACAAAAACCAUCAAUCAUCAAAUUCUUUUUGUUCUUUUACAUUAGCAAGAAAGCAUUAUACACACUCUCUCUCUGGUUGAAUCCAACACUAGUCCAACUCAAAAUUGACCCAUUGAAAUCAUAACCUAAAUUAGUUUUGUCCUAAUUUCAACGGAUCUACUCUGAGCAGGACUAGCACUGGAGAAAACUUUAUGCGCAUGCACAGACGGUGGGUUCCAUUGCAUUAUUCUGAUUGGAAGCUAUUCAUUAAGGUGUUGCUUAUUGAUUACUAUACUAUAUUGUGACAUGCAGCAAGCAGAACAACUGUUGCCUAUUUCUCCUGAGUCACUGGAGAGGAUCGACUACAGAAAUUUCUCACCAUAACAGAGGGGGUUAAUCCUAGAUUAAAAUGUAAGAGCCUUGCUGGAUCAUACCAAGGUCCAUCUCAGCCAGCAUCUUUUCUAGCAAUAGCCAGCAAAAUGCCCACCAAGAACCUAUAAGCAUCACAGAAGGGAACAGCCCUACCCGUGACCAGUAGCCAGAGCUGUAUCACCUCUGAACAUGGACAUUCCAUACAAGUAUCAUAGCUGUUUACGUCAUGUCAGUUCCUUUGAUUCGAGUUACCAUAAGUCUAGCAACCCCCUGAGAUGAGGAUGCUUGAAAAGAUUUGAAAAGAUUUGCAGGCAAUUGCAGACAAAAUCAUCAAUAAGUAUUGAUCAACAUGAACUCUGCAUACAGCUGCAAUGAAAAAUAUUUUUGUUGGGUUAAAGGAAGAUUCUAACUAGGUAAAAAUUUCAAAGGGCCUUAUAAACCUGUAAGAUACUAUUGACCCCUAAUACUGUCUACAAUGAUACUAGGGAAAGUAAUUUGUCUAUUAUGAAAAGACAAAAUAUUGGAUUUUUCUCUCUCUAUGCUUCAUGUUCAGAAGAAAUAGGUUCUCUGCCAAGCACUGGUAGGCAAGAAAAUCCAAAAUAGCCAUUCCAACCUGUUUUCAGUUCAUCGU